AUGCCUUGUCAGCCAGUCAUCUGCACAGAAGUUACAAUCAUUGAUGAUGACACGGUAGAGUUGCUGGAGAAGACUUUCACUGUUCGACUGGAAAGAACUCCUGGUCUUGACUACAGGAUCUCACUUGAAGAUACACCUGCAACCAUCACCAUCACUGAUGAUGAUGGAACUGGUGAUGACUACAUUACCAUGACAGUUGAACAAUGUGCCAUCCAAAAGUGUGUUCUGGUUCCUGUGAAUAUCUCUGCCAUCAAUCAACUCAGUAUCAACCUGGAACCUCCAGCCAAUCACGAUAACAGAAUUGAGCUCAUUGAUGUGAAGCACAAUAUGACUAUUUUGUCUACUUUCGUGCCAACAGUGGAAUUUGAAAGACGGUCAUUGACUGUGCAAGAGGAGGAUGGUAGAGCUGAAGUGUGUGUGUUAGUUACAGCUCAUGGGCAUCAUUCAGAGCUACCCAUCCCUCUUACCCUCUCAACUUCAGAUGUCACAGCAGUGGCAGGCCAAGACUACAGGUCACUACAGUCAAUCCUCAAAUUGGACCCUUCUGAAGAGAAAGCCUGUUUUGAUGUGGCCAUUAUUAAUGAUGUGAGGGUAGAAGAUAUGGAACAGUUCACACUUAGUCUAGUCUAUGAUUUUGGAAGUGGUGGUGAUGUUAUCGUAAAAGAAGACAAGGUUGACAUCUGGAUCAAUGAUACUGAUGAAGCCUUAGUGCAGUUGGAAAGGGAGCACUACUCUUUAACCGAAGGAGCAGAUUGUGAAAUAUGUGCCAUUUCAUUAGUUGCUGUGGAAACAGAGAUUUGCAUCAGAUUUAAAAUCCUUGGGAUAAAAGUGAAAAUCUGUAUUACAUUUCCCCAACCAAGUUGUGGGAUAUUCCGUGUUGAAGAAAACAAUAUCCUUGAGAAUCCCUCUACAAGACCUAUAACACUAGAAAGCGAUGAUAGUAGGAUAUCUAUAAUUGGGAAUGGAUCGAUCACUAUCAGAGACAAUCCCAGUUUUGUACCUGGUGAGGACUAUGAGCCUCUCAAUGAGAAACUAUACUUCGCACCAUGUCAGACGAGGUCAUGCAUCAAUAUAAGCACUAUAGAAGAUGGCUGUGUCGUGGAGCUAGUAAAGAAUUUCACAGUUAUGCUGCGAAGGGAUGCAUUUGACGGCAUAAAGAUAGAGCCAUCGGCAGCAAGCGUUGGAAUCCAUGACAGUGAUGUGGCUUAUGUGAGAAUCAUGGGAGGCAGGAGAGAUGUGCCCGUAAAUGAGGGUGAUGGUUAUGCGAGGUUGUUCUUGGCCGUCACUGAUGAAUUUGGCUCAAUCACUUGCCGUGUCCUAUUUGACUUUACUGUUGCUGUGUACACCGAAGCAGGAACUGCCACGAUUAACAAAGACUACGAACAUAUCAGCAGAAAUAUUCAGUUCAGUAGAGAUCUUGUAGAAUCCGUGAGGAUAAGAAUCAUUGACGACGACAUAGUGGACUGUUACAGGGAGGAGACCUUUAAUGUCAUCUUGCAAAACACACCAGGCAUGGCGCAACGAAUCAAGCCCGUCAGGACACCUGUAACAGUCGUCAUAAGAGAUAACGACGUUGCAACAUUUGGUCUAGAGGGAGCUUCCUGCAAGGUUGAUGAAGCUGUAACACUCAGAGUGUGUGUGGUUCUCCGUGACGUGAAACGAGACUGCCCUGUGGAGUUUCCAUUCGACCUCAGACUUGAAGCAAGGGCUGCCACUACAACAUCAGGGGACCACGAUGCCAAUGUGACUGACAUCACAAUUGGAGAGUGUAGUCGGUCGCAGUGUACAAAUAUUACAGUGUAUGACGACAGUUCCCUGGAACUUGACGAAACAUUCUACAUUUCCCUGCUGAAGCUUCCCAACCACGACGGACGGAUUCUGCUUGAUGUUGUGGAGAAGAGAGUCACUAUAGAAGAUAAUGACAACAUCAGUAUUAUUUUUAAUGAUCCGGCAAUAGCGGUGGAGGGCUUUCCAAUACAAGUUUGUCUGUUGGUUGAGGGAAGCCCCAGGAGCGAAUGUCCUUCAUUGGUUGAAAUACAAGUUCAGCUUCGGACUGAGGAUGGAACUGCAACUUACAGAGGGGACUACGUCCGACAAACAAGAAGACUCACAAUACCUGUUUGUGCAAAGAACUUCUGCUAUAACAUUUCAACGAUUGAUAAUAAUUUAUUGGUGGAGAACCAUGAAUAUUUCUAUGUAACUUUGACACAUGGUUCCAAUGGGGAUUUGAAUGAGAGAAUCAAUAUCCCUACACCCACUCAACGAUACGAAAUAUUUGACAAUGAUAAUGCCGCUGACUAUGAUAAAAGCAGAGUUGACGUGACAUUCAGACCCUGUGAUGCUCGGGAGUGUGUAGCUGUACCCAUAAUAGAUGACUGCAGUCUGGAAAGAGAUGAAAAUUUCACUAUUUCUUUGGAACCAGAAGUGUUCCUUACAGAUAGGAUCAUUAUAAACGAUAGUCUCACAGUCACUAUUGAAGACAAUGACAACACUUUCAUUGAGAUGGAGCACGCCGAAUAUAAAGUUUUCGAGAAUGCAAGUCAGAUUGAAGUUUGUGCUGUUAUAAGACCAGCUGGCUGUAAACCGUCAAUAGACUUCCCAGUGCGUAUUUACACUCGUUCUGAUAGCGCAGAAGCUACAGGGCUAAGUGCAGAUUACGUGAGCACUGAAACAAAUUUGAUCUUCUCUUCGUCCGUCAACAAGGCAGUGUGCAUGCCCAUCAACAUCAUUGAAAAUAUUGAGGUGGAGCAUCUCGAAGAAUCGUUCCACGUGACUCUCCAACUAGUAGAAAAUACGCCUGAUGGGGUAAACCUGACUCGUAAUGAGGCCGAGGUGAUCAUCGUUGAUGAUGAUGUGGCUGAGCUGGGCUUUGUGAUGUUGGCCUAUACAGUCAGAGAGGAAGACAAUGGCGAAGUUGAGAUUUGUGUGGAGGUCAAGGGUCCAGAUACCAAUGAAUGCCCUGUGGUGUAUCCACUUGAGUUCAUUGUUACAGUCACAGAUAUAACUGCAACUGAAGGUGAAGACUAUGUAGACCCAGUCUACGAUGAGGACAACCCAUUCCGAUAUGAUGCUUGUGCUCGAGAGAACUGCUUCACAAUCGAAAUCAAGAACGACAAUGAAGUAGAGGAUACAAUUGAACAGUUCGAUGUGACGUUGGAGUUUAGCGGUGGGGAAGUCACAGCUGUUACAUUUCAGCAGGAUACUGCAACAGUCGCCAUCAUUGAUGAAGAUGUUGCCAUGGUUUCGUUCACCGAGGAAUUCUACAUCGUCGAUGAAGGAGUUGACAGUGGCAAAGUUAGAGUCUGUGUUAUGGUUGUGCCACCAGUGGACUUUGACUUCUCUGUCAAUUUUACAACUACAGAGGAAGGGUCCGCUGCAGUGGUCAAUGAGGACUACACUGCCACAAAUGCAACUCUGCAAUUUAGAGCUGAUAGCGAAGAGCAAUGUAUCGAUGUACCCAUCCUGGAUGACUACGUUUUGGAGGAACUGGAAUUUUUCAAACUUGAACUAAAAAUAUCGAUAACGUUGAGCCUGAAGACAGGAGAGAAGCAGGAGGCCACUGUGGGACUGGAGAAUACGACAUAUACUGUGAUGGAAAAUGAGUUGAAACUCAAUGUGUGUGUGGUGGUGAAUGCUCCUCUCGUUGGCUGUCCCAUUUUCAUCCCAUUUGAGCUGCUGUUUGUCGCAACUCCGGCCACAGCAUUCCAAGGAAGUGAUUAUAGGGUCCAAGGGCCUACUCUGAGGUUUGGUUCAUGUGCUAAGAGGCAAUGUCUGACGGUAGAUAUAAUCGAUAAUAACCUCAUUGAAGACACUGAAACCUUCACACUCACCCUACAACACCCGCUUAGAGGAGGCACAGAUGAUAUCAUUCUAGGCCCUACAGUGGCUACUGUUACCAUUGAAGACGAAGAUAUGACGAUUGUCACUUUUGAUAGAACGGAGUACAGUGUCCAGGAAACAAGUGGUAGUUUAACAAUCUGUGCAAGAGUGGUCAGCCCUGCAGUGUCCUGUCCAGUCACCACUCCCUUCUCCCUGACCUUAUACGUUUACGAUGGCACUGCCUCCAACAACUCCGACUAUGUGGCUUACAGAAUACAAACAAUAGAGUUUUCCCAUUGUAGGAGAAGCGCAUGUGCUCCCCGUAAUAUUACCUUUGUCAACGAUCGCAAUGACGUUGAGGUUGAGGAAGUGGAGUCAUUUGACCUCUUCCUAACCAGCAAUUUCCCUCUUGUCAGACCUGAUCCCUACACUGCUGAAGUCAUCAUCCAUGAUGAUUCAGAAAGGGCUUAUAUCCGACUUGAGCAAAGGGCAUUUACUGUGAUAGAAGGAGUGGAUGCGACAGUCAGAAUAUGUGCAGAGGUUUACGACCCCACACCAGACCGGAGCUCCUGUCCAGUUGUCUUUGACUUUGAGAUAUAUCUAUCAGUUGAUGGGGAGGACUUUCCAAUGGCAUUUAGGCGGUGUUCUUUCAAUGCAUGCGUGUCCGUUCCAAUUGACGAUGAUGAACAACUUGAGCUGACAAAAAGAUAUACAUAUCGACUGGAGAGAACAGAUGACCUUGACAGAAGGAUCAUCGUCAACACUGCAUCAGGAACACUCACAGUCAUUGAUGACCCCACAGAUGAGGCGGUAUUAAAGCUGGACAAAACAGCAUACAGUGUCCAAGAGGAGAAUAGAACUGUUACAGUCUGUGUUGAAGUUGACAGCCCAGUUAUAGAUACUCCAAUCGAUUUCUCCUUCUCCGUUCUACUCAACACUAUUGACGGCACUGCUGUCAGCAUAACCCGGGGAAAUGUAAGAGCUGAUUUCAGUGCUCAAAGAAGAUCAUUCUAUUUUUCUGUUCGUGAGACGAGAGAGUGUUACAACAUACCCGUCACCAAUGACGACACCCAAGAAGACAAAGAGACGUUUACUGUCACUGUCAAUAGGACCUCUAGUCUGGACCCCAGGAUCAGAUUAGAAGACAAUGUGGCAGUGGUGUCCAUCAUUGAUGCUGACAUUGCUACAGUGGAGUUUGAAAGUACGGCGUACAGUGUAGAGAGAAUGCUGGGCAAGUGCUAGUGUGUGUGGCUAUCACCAGUCGACAUUCCUACUGUCCUGUGGGCUAUGACUUCUCACUAUUACUCGGAAACAUAGCAGGAAGUGCAAAUGAAGAUGGACUAUGUAUCCCAGGACGCGACGGGUGAUCUAAUAAUUGAAGCAUGUCACCGAAGGCAGUGUUUCUCCGUUGGUAUUGUGGACACCAAAAGGUGGAGGAAGAGGAGAUUUUUACAUCAGUCUCAUGAGGACUGAGCAGCUUGAUCCUCUCAUCAAAAUAGGCUCCCGGAACAAGACAAAUGUUACCAUCAGAGACGAUGAUACGGCUAGGUUUGGUCUGACUCAAGCUCAGUACAGGGUAGAGGAAGGCCAAACACUGACAGAGACUGUGUGUGUGGGGUUGUUAGAAGAAAGUGGAGACUGUGUUGUGCCGUUCUCUAUCAAUGUUAUAUUCAACAGCAGGGACGGCUCAGCUGAUUCACCUGAAGACUAUGCAGCUCUGAGUGCGGUUAUGGCACGUGUCCCUCCCUGUACCUCUCAAAUCUGUGUCAACAUCGAAACCGUUAAUGAUGAGCUAAUAGAAGGGGAUGAAAACUUGUAUGUGUCAAUCACCAGAGGCAUCGAAUGGGAUUCCAGAAUCAGUUUAACUCAGACACGUUCUGAGGUUGUCAUCGAGGACGAUGACUCUGCCAGAGUCACCAUCCAAAACUCAAACUACAGAGUUAACGAAGCCGAUAGACGAGUGACAAUCUGUGCUCAAGUGCGAAGUCCUUUCCCAGUCAGUGCAGACUGUGAACUAGACUUUUCCUUCAGUGUCAGAUUGGUUCCAAUUGCUGGAACUGCAGGACCUUCAGAUUAUGGAUCAUCAAUAACAGUGAUACUUCGCAAGAUGCGCUAUGGAAGCCUGUGGAACAAUAAGUAUUCGUGACGACUCCAUCAUGGAGAAGGCAGAGGAAGAGUUUACUGUCUCUCUGCAAAGUGCAAAUACUGACACCAGAGUUAGAGUCAGUGCUAGGGACCAGCACUGUCCGGAUUACUGAUGAUGAUGAUGUGACCAUUGGUUUGCAGUAUAGUGCAUACACUGUGAGAGAGUCAAGUGGUAGGGUACAGGUGUGUGCCACGAUGAGUGGAACAAGUGACAUCAACAGCACAGUCCUUCUAGCCACGGUCUCCGGCACUGCAGGCACUGGCACACCGUCAGAUUUUGACAGCGAGUCUCAUAGUGUGACAUUCGAGCCAAGAAGUUCCCGACAAUGUGUCUAUUUCAACAUCACGGAUGACAAUAUUGUAGAAGAGAGAGAGUACUUCAAUGUCACUUUGGGAAGGACUGCAGACCUGGACGAUAGAGUUCAGCUUAGACAAACAUCUACAACUAUUUUUAUCAACGAUAAUGACAGGGCAACCGUGAGACUGGAUCCACUAGUUGCGGAGAAUACUGAGGGGAGAUCUGUCGAACUCUGUGCUGUCGUGGAGUCUGCCAGCACAGGCUGUCGCGUUGAAUAUGAUUUCAACAUAACUUUUGAUAUCAGAGGAACUGCAGAUAAGGGGGAAGACUAUUCUGGUCUGGAGUCAUACCUAACAAUACCUAAAUGCAGAAACAGGCAGUGUAUGACGAUACAGAUCACAGAGGACCAGGUUGUGGAAAUGAAUGAGACCAUUUUAGUUAGGAUUUCUCGGAGUGUGAACUCUGUCGACUAUGACAGAAGUACAGCGACCAUCACCAUCUAUGACAAUGACAUUGCGAUGGUCCGCCUCAUGUCUCUCUACCAGAUAGUACGGGAGAAUGUUGGUAGAGCGAGUGUUUGUGCUGUCGUCAGUGGACAUCCAGUUAAAUCUAUUGCCUUCCCCUUUUAUAUACGGUUCACAUUUAUCCCCAGACAGUGCAACUCGUCCUGAAGACUUUAGUACGACACAGGUAGAUGUGAGAUAUGAUCCUGUCCGGAACGAGGCGUGUGCUCAGCUGGUAGUGGUGGACUUUCCUGGAGUGGAGUUGCCCGAGUCGCUCUAUGUGGAGAUCGAACUGAAGGACGAUCAUUCAGCCAUUCAGAUCAGCAACACUCAGAAUUAUGGAAUCAUUGAGAUAAUGGAUGACGACGUUGCUGGAGUAGGUCUGGAGAGGACUGUCUACACUAUGAGCUCUACUGCUGAAACAGUGGAAGUGUGUCUCUACGUAUCAAGGCCAGCAAUAAGUUGCCCCAUCACUUUCCCCUUCGACAUCUUCUUCAAUAUAACAAUCAGUGCAGAUGUGUUUGAAGUUGAUACAACCCAAGAGCUCAGUCAGGGCGAUGGCAUCGAUGAAGAAGGACGCGGACUCUACAAACUCCUCUUUGACUCGUGCCAGAAGCGAUUCUGUUUCGAUGUCAGUCGGAGGGACCGUAACAAGUGGAGACCGUGGAAGGUUUGAGAUGACUGUAACCAGGACACCAGACCACGGCCGGACCACCGAGAUUGUUUCAAACAUGGGAUAUAUCGAAAUUCGUUAACGGGACUAUACUGAAUGAAUAACUGCAAACUGUAUACUAUAGAGAGAGCUGUGUAUUCCCCCAUUAAUUAAGCGUACUGUAAUUGGUGAAAUUUGUUGUAUUUUGCUUGUCAAGCACAGCUCAAUAAUGCAUAUUGUUUAUGCGAAGUAUGUGUCAUAUGCGGAAUCAAUGCUGCUGGUUGGAGUUUUCUGUUAGAUAGGCAGCUGAGGAUGUGUGG